AACUACUCUGGAAAACAGAUAAAUUAUCCACCAAGAAGUAUAAACACCAAACGAAACGUACUUCCCAGCCUGGUAAAUAUCGGGGUGGCGGCCAUGGAUUUCUUGUUCACACACCGUUGGAAAUUGCAAGUAUAAAAGCUUUUAUUGGAUUAUGGCCACGUUGAUCUCCCAGGCAAAGGAGGUCAUCACCUGUGACCUUUGUGUCAAGCCAACCCAGCAGUUCUGUAACAACUGUCAACUCAGUUUGUGUGUUGACUGUGUUAGUAAACACGUGGACAAGCUCAAGUACCAACCACAUCGUAUCGUUCAUUUCAAAGACAGAAAGGUGGCUUUUCCUGAGUGUGAAUUUCACUCCAACCAGAGAUGUGAGGUCCACUGCCAACAAUGUGAUGUUCCAGUUUGUCUGAAAUGCAUGCUUGAUCUCCAUAAUGGACACAGAGUCAAGGAUAUGCCAGAAAUUUUCAAUGACAAGAAAAAGAAAUUGGAAAAGGAAACCAAAGAAAUUGAAUCCACCAUUAUUCCACAGUACAAGAAGAAAAACGAAGAAACAAAAAGCCAAAUAUCCAUUAUAAUGGCCGAAUUUGAUGAACUGGAAAAAGAGAAAGAAAAGCACAGAAGAUUCUGGCACAAAGAAGUAGACACAAUUUUCAAUAAUCUCGGUUCUUUGAUGAAGUCCAUCAAAACGAAUAUCCUGUCUGCUUUAAACUCUCACCAAUCCAAGAUGAAAAAUAAAAUUCCAGACAUGACCCAAACAGUUCAACAAAACAAAAAAAUACUGAAGUCAAACAAUGUGUGUGCAGUCACUGACUACAAAUCCCAACUCGAGGAAUACAGGAACAUGCUUACUGAUAUUGAUGUCAAAGUGCCAUCACUCAAAACCAACAUAGUCCAAGGAAGAGAACUCAGCCUGGAAUUAGAAGAAUACAAGGCUAGCCUGACACAGACAACACUGCCCAGUCUGACAGAGGAAGUCUCCUAUUUAUCUUUACAAAAGCUGUUAGAGCAAGCCAAAUCAAUUGCAACCAUUCCUACUGGAGUUAAUCCUCUAUUCCAUGUUGCCUGUGCGGGAGUGGAUGACGCCUGGGUUAGUGGUAAAGAUAAUACAAUAAGGCGCAUUGACAUAAACGGGUAUGUACGGGACACUGUCCCCACUACAUGUCAAACCUGGCCUGGGGAUAUCACAGUGACCAGAGAGGGAGAACUGGCAUACAGUGAUGCUAACAAUAGAACUGUGAACAUUGUCAAACAAGGGGAAAAAGAGACACUGAUAACCACACCACAGGGCUGGCAUCCAAAGAAAAUAUGCUUUACUAAGUCAGGGGACAUCCUGAUCAGUAUGGCUACUUCUUAUUGUAGCCGAAAUAAAAUUGUCCGUUAUCAGGGACACACAGUGAAACAGGAAAUAGAUAGAGAUGAAGAUGGAGAACCAAUCUAUAAAGGAGGGGAAAACCCACUGUGUCUGGUGGAGAACAACAAUGGAGACGUCUGUGCCUCUGAUCUUAAUGCUGACACCGUGGUCGUGGUGGACAAGUCAGGAAGAGUCCGAUUCCGAUACGACGGUACACCAGCCAUGAGGAAGAAGUCAUUUGAUCCUGGACAUAUAGUGACAGACUCCAUGAGUCAGAUCAUUGUGGCAGAUUGCAACAAUGCCAGUCUACACAUCCUGGAUCAGAACGGAAAGUUCCUUAGAUAUGUGGACAAUUGUGGACUAGAAAAUCCUGCCGGACUGAGUGUGGACAGUGAAGGGAGAUUGUGGGUAGUGUUAUUCCAUUCAGGAGAAGUGAAAGUGAUUCAGUACAUGAAAUAAACACAUAACAUCACAUACAUACAUCAGAUAAUGACAGAGUUCACACAGUGCUCUUGAUUCACACAUGUUUUAGUGAUAUUUACACAACGGUGUUUUCUUACGCAUUUGUUCAAAGUUUUGUCAAAGUCAAACAUUCCUAGAAAACAUUAAUGUGAAUCUGCUUUUUCUCAUCUCAAGAUAUUUACUGUCAUUUUCCUUUUGAUUUGGAUACAUAAACAGGUUGUACAAUUCUACAGAACAGCAGUCUAACGAAAUACACACAUGCACGCAGGCACAUCCACCAAUCGAACCAGUACAUGAUUGUUGGUUUUAGUUGCCCUCAGUCAGAGAAUGCAUUUUCAGUGAUCCCCUGUUUGAUGGGGACUGAGGUAAAGCAUGGACUUGGAUGGAUUGUGCUCAGUGAUCUGUAAAGUGUAAAUGUUUUGCUUAUGGUCAGUUUUCAAAUCGAAGCAGCUACUGACAAAGUUGAUAGUGCAGGGGUUAAUUUUCUUUUAAAGUCAACAUUUCGCAAAUUCUAUGGUCUUUAUAACAUUCUAGUUUGCCAAUACAAGUUAUCAUUGGGUCAAAUGCUGUCUGACGUGUUUCAUACAGAUUGUUAGGCCGUUCUUGGCACACUGAUUUUGACUACAAGUAACUCCGUUUACCUGAUCAAGAUAUAGGGCUCACGGCGGGUGUGACCAGUCAACAGGGGAUGCUUAGUCCUCGUAGUCACCUGUCCCACCUCUGGUGUAUCCAGGGGUUCGUGUUUUCCCAACUAUCUAGACAGUAUUGCUUAUAUGAGUUAUGAGAUUGAUCACUGUUCGUUCGUUAUCAUCACCUUUCAGUUGAAUCCUCCGUGAUAUAUAAAUACAAAAUGCUAUUGAAUUUUCCGUGAUCUGUGAUACAGAAUACAGUUGAAUCCUCCGUGAUCAGUAAUACAAAAUACAGUGAAAUACAGCAUGAGAUUUGUAUGUAUGACAGUUUAAGAAUUGUUUUAUAUGACUCUAGUUUCACACACUCGUAAUUUUUUUUUCUUUACCAAGAUUGGAACUUGCAAUGGUAAGUUAAAAUAUUGAAAAACAAAAGAAAAUUAAAAUAAUUUGUCAGGUUAUCUCAGAUAUUGUCACAUCAAAUAUACUGAGACAGAACAUUCUGUUGUAAGGAUUUUCUACAGGCCCUCUUCCUGUUAUUUCAAGAUGUUACUUGUAACAAUCAUUCCCAAGAGUUAAGUCGCCAUGUUCUUACCGGUCGUUGGAAUCUAAAGAAGUUAGAUAAUACACACAGCGUUUGUGUAUAACACUACAACCGGCUUAUUAAGGCUUCACAAGUCAGGAGUUCCUGGGUUCCAUUUUUGACACGUCAUGUGAACCUACGACAUUAAAACUAGGUCGUGAGUGUUCCUUUACGUGUCUGCAUUAAAAGUGAAAAUGGCGUCUUUCAGACAUAUGUCACAGCAGGCGAUGAAAUUAUAAAAGAGCCUUCCCUGUCAUCACCAUGAUUGUCAUAUAUAUGCGGUAAACGUAGAGUACUACAAAACUACUCUUAUAUAAAUAUAUAUCACUAAUUUGUUAGUUUUUGUAUAUGUGUAUUUUUGUUUCAUUCAUUGCUAAUUUUCAUUACUUGGAAGUUCGUAUAUUCAUAAAGUUUGAAGUUCUUUUGCGCGUCUGGAUUGAGUUGAUAUCCUAUCUUUCAUUUCACUGGUUAAUCUGGAAUUUUCCUUUGAGUUACUGUCUAAACUAUGUAAAAUCUAAAAUUAGAGCAAUAUUACAUUUUCAUCAUUGAUGCUAAUAUGUGUAAUCUGUAUCAAAUGUAUACGAGGGGUGAUGAAAAUGAAUUUUGGCACACAGUCAAAAACAUGUGUUAGAUGUAGAAUGAGUUACUUAAUAAUUUUACAUACUACAUUGUGAUAACCUGCGGAGAGAGAAAUAUGAUAGCCAGGAAAAUCUUGGUACUGCUCUGAACAGUGCACCAUGGAGCACGUCACGUGAUGGUCUGGAUCACAUGUUUCGAGCAUAGACAGACCGAUGGCAGAAGUGUAUCUAAGUUGGAGAAGCCUACUUAGGAAAAGAAAAGAAAACCCUGAAAAUCCCACUACCGUUUGCAUUAAGUAAGCUAUUCUUCUAGUUCACAGACUUUUUAUCACCCUUCGUAUAAUAUCAUAUGUACAUUGUAAUCAUACCAAUAUAUGUGUAAAACAAAUCUUAGAUUUAGAAUUGUCUGUAGUGGUAUGUUAUGUCUGAAAGUUCAAAGUCAUUUUGUUCCAAAAAUAGUUUUAAGUUUCAAUGUUAUUCCCGUUGAUAUCUUUACAAUUUGUAAUUAUAGCCAUUGCCUCAUGUAUAUGCUGCAAUUAUAAACAAUAUGUGUAUGAAUUUGAAAGGGUAAAUCUAAUUUUUCGGUUGGGAUUUUUGACAGAAAUGAAAUACUUAGAUUGUAAAUGUAAAAAAUAACAUAAGUAUACCGGAGUAAAGCGUCACAGUAAGUACCCUCACAUAUUUACAAAAAUGAAGUUUAUUUUUAUAUGUAUACUUUAUCAAUGGUAAUCUAUCGUUAAAUGUUUAUGAAACUAAACAUGGAAUAUUGUACUAUACUUAUAUAAUUAUAACCAAUGCCUUCAUGAUAUUUCCUGCAAUAAAAACUUGACUUUC